AUGACCGAAGCAUCAUUCACCAGAAGCUUUUUACAGUCGGUAGACACAAAGCCCAUCAGGCUGCCGUACGACUAUGUUGCCGACCCGGUGACGACACGGCUGCCCGUGCCAUAUACACUCCCCCGCCUACAAGCCCCGCACCCUCCAAUGGCAAAGAAGAUCAAAACCUCAGCUGCGCCGGGCUCCGCGAAAUCAGUCACCAUUCAAUUGAAAUCUGCAAGAAAUCCCGUUCUCGACAUAUCGCUGGACAAUGUCCCCCUCACGACGACAAGCAUUCACGACUUGCGCGAAGCAGUGCGCCAACGGACCGUUGCGGCUGACGGGACGCAGCCGCCAGCAGCGGAUAAGAUCAAGAUAUUAUAUAAGAAGAAACCUGUCGGCGGGAGCUCAGAACGGACCCUAGCCGAGAUUCUAGGCGAUUCAGAACCCGAAGUCCUCGGCGGAGGUAAAACAGUCGAGUUCGGUAUCAUGAUCAUGGGAGGCGCAUCGGUCAAACCAGAAGUCACAGAGUCGCCUACGGGUGCGGGAGCCAAGGUGACUGAAACGGAGCCGUAUCCCUCGAAACCAGCGGAGGGCGCCAGUGGAUUUGAGGUUCUGCAAACCGAGGAGUUUUGGAAAGAUUUGGAAGGGUUCUUGGAAUUACGAACAAAGGAUACGGUGGAAUCUCUGAGAUUAGCGGGUAUUUUCAAGAGGGCAUGGCAGGCUGAUGCUGCCCAGUCUAAGUCGUAA